GGAAUCUAUAUUCUCCCUCAGAUUCUCAGUAGGUGCAGCAGUUCCACCCUGGAACCUGCUCUUACGUACAAGCAUUCUAUAUGAAUGGAUUCGAAUCGGGGAUGGAUGCAGAGCCUAUAUGAGUAUGCCGUGCUCCCGUAUGUUCCUCCCAGAUCCUAUUUCAUUUUCCUAUAUACUCGCUCCGUCCGUCGGCGAGCCGACCGUCGUUCUCCGCACCUUAACCCCCGACGGUUCCGGACUUCCGGUGCUCUCCUCCUCACCUCCGCAGUCCGCACAUCGCACGCCUCCAGUGCGACCUGGGCCAUGGAGGUCCCCUCCGGGGAAGUUGCCUCAUCUGCUUCAUCUGCUACAGCGUCCCUUCCACAAUCUGCUCCAGCCGCUGCAACACAGCCGCCAACAGAGGGAUCUUUUAGCCGGGAAGUGUUUCUGUUCACCACUUCAGGCGGCAUCUUCUUCGUGCUUGCGGCACUCACCAAAGUCAUCACCAACGGCUGGCCACCGGUCGCCAGGACUCUCUUCGCCCUUUUCACCGUGUGUGUGGUGAUUUUCCUAGCAGCAGGUUCGGUUGCAACCACUACCAUGUCAGACCGUCCUAAACUGCAUUUCCUGGCGAAAGUUGCAGCGAGAGUUUCCCUAAUUAUAGCUAUCAUGAUACUAGAGAUCCCAUUUAUUCAGAUGGCUACGGGAUUGUCAGCUCUUGUGUUCGCGCCAAUACUCAUGAUAGCUACGCUCAUUAUAUUGGGGUAUAUAUGGUGGUGGAGCGAGCCUGACAUCGUGUGCGCCUGUUUUUGCCGGAUCUGCCGUAGCCGCGGUCAGGUUCAGGUUAAUCCUGAGCCCGCUGAGGACAAUGUGUGAAGUACUGAAGAAAUCAAACUUCAGGUUUGUUAGUACGUUCCCUAUCAAAAUGUAAUUAGAGGUGUAAAAGUGUUGGGUUUUUGUUUAUCUUCAUCGAGAUUGUGAUUCACUUCCGAGAGUCUCUGCGCCCAACAGGUCUUCUGCCUGCAAAACACUUCAAAGUUUUCUUCUUCCUUUGUCUUUGGGGACUCUAGAACCAUCGGUAUGAUGUAGUUUCUAGGGGUGCAUCACCUUCAAUUGAUAACCUUAUCGCAAAAUGUAAAGAAGAUGCAGCCCUGUGGGCAGAAAGAUUGAGCCACGCUGACAGGGCUGUUGUAGAGUCUUGGAAACUCAUUUUAUCAUCCUCCCCUCACUCUAAUGUAACUUAAGCUGCUGUACUGUUCCAAUAUUUUAAUGAAAAUUCAGGUGGGGAAGCUCCCCCGGUGACCAGUCUUAAAAAAAAAAA